UACUAUCGCAAACGUCCUUGCAUGUCAUGUCACUUUCUCUUUCGUUCAGGCUAACGGUAGCACGUCCAGCAGGCGACGCGUCUGUAGUAUAGGUGGUGGGAGUGCUGUAAGCGUUGCGUCGUCUAUGAGCGCUGUGUUGUGUCUGUGAUGAAACUGUGUCAGAACUCAGGGAGCGGUUACUCCCACAAUAAUAGCCGAUUUAACUCGUUUUACUGCCAAGGAUUCUAGGUACAAUCGUAACGGAGUGGCAGCUGAUUCAUUCUUUUUUUUUCUUCAAAUGUCUGUGAUUCGUAACUUCUUAAAAACAGUAUGAUAUUUAUUGGUAUGCAGUGACUGGAAACUGGAGGGAAAACACUAGUAUUAAGUGGUGUGAUGUAAGAGUAUCUCGUCGGAAUGAACUACACUAAUAAAUGUUGAUAUACCACUUAAGUGUUUAAGUGGGCUGUGCCGGAUGCAGGAAAGAUAAUCCUGGCCGCCGGCCCGCCACGCCACCCCGCUUCCGAGCGACCCACGCCGCCGCAUUCCUUCGUCGCCGCUCGCCAUGGCAGCACCUGAGGCCCCGCUACCCUGCGGCCGCUCCCUCGCCGCCGCGCUCGCCCUCGCGCUGCUCGCACACGUGGGCAUCGCUGCGCCGCGGGACACGGCCCGUUUACGGCUCCUCAGAGAGCGCGAGGAAGUGGCCCGGGCUUGGGCUCCGUUGGUAUGGCUGCAUUCAGACGAACAUUUCUACCCAAGCGAUGUUCAAACGUUUCUCAACCACGUCACCCCCAACCCCCUGAGUGCUGCCCCGCCAAUGAGUGUGAAGGAAGGGUCGACCAUCAUCACACUGCCUGCUCUUCCUGUUGGUCCAGCGAGUGAGGACACCUUCCUGAUGGCACACUUUGACCAAGAAUGCUCAAACUGUCACCUUCCGAAGUUCCUCUUUGGAAAGAAGCCCACUACUAGCCGCUCACCUACCGUAUAUGCCGUGAUCCACUCCUGCCACUCGGCGCCCGUAAGAACAUCCCAUCACGUGACCAAAUCUUACGACGACAAUUUAUCUGGCAGGGAAAGACUUUCACUGCAUUUCUCGGAGCAAGAUUUUGCUGCUGACGCUCCUCUCGGUACCUCUGCUCCGGUCUAUGAGCACCCUUUACCCCUGUCUUCCCCGCAGGCGCCUUCAACCGCCCCUUCCACUCAAGCUCAUGCAAGAAAGGUUGUGUCAACGUCGCCAACACCUGCGAACAGCCAAGUGGUGUCUUCGACCAGAGAGCCAAGAAGUGAUAAUGACAAUAGACCUUAUUAUGACAAUGGGAAUGACAACCUUCCUGUUGAUAAGGAUGAGGGAAUUACUUCAAAUUCAAAUUAUACAGAAUUCCACAAUAACCCAAAUUUGCAUGGUCAAGAAAGUACUCCGAGGCCCUUGACAUCCACGAUAGUUUCUGUUCUUAAUAGUACAAAUCAAGGCUUGCAUAAAUCUGAUGAGAAAAUAGCAACGACAUUUGCUCCGUUUACCCUGAGUGACCAGAAGGAAGGCGUUCACUCCUAUCACUUGAAUCAUGAUGAGGACGACCAACUCUCAACUCAACGACCGGUCAGAACGAGGAAACGCGAAAUAAACGAGGAAAGCCAAGUGUUCACAGUCACUUACUGGAUGUUCUACCCAUACAACUAUGGGAAAGACGUGUGCACGAUUAACCUUGGAUAUUACUUGGGCCGAAUGUAUAAGCUGCCAGUCAACGGAACCUGCUUUGGGGAGGAGAUCGCCAUGGGAAAGCAUGUUGGAGAUUGGGAACAUGUUUCAAUCCAGUUCAGGGGCACUGUACCGCUGAAUAUGUACGUAUCGUCGCAUAACUUUGGUGCAUACUAUCAGUAUGAUUCCUAUCAUCAACACUUUGAGUACUCUGGGCAGGAUACAAGGAAGGGCAUUCCAAUGUCUCCUGAAUAUCCUAAGAGAGUCAGAGUGGAGAGUUCUCACCCAGUAUUAUAUUCGGCCCGGGGAUCACAUGGUUUGUGGGCGGCUCCAGGACUGCACCAAUAUAACACGUUCCCGCAGCUACAAGAUCUCACGGACGAGGGAACUGAGUGGCGUACGUGGCUUAAUCUGGAUGUCAUCGACUUGAAAGAUCAUGCAACGCUGACGCAACCACACAGGCAAUGGCUGGGUUACGAAGGUCGAUGGGGUAAUCCAAAGAGCAAAUGCCACACACUCAUGGCUGGCUUCUGCGAACUUAACCAAGGCCCGACCGGAAUUCCCAAGAAACGCAUUAAUUUCCCGUGUAUCCGGAAAUCAUAAGGUAAAUCAUCGAACAAUCGGGAAUAAAUGAGAAAAAACGAAAGGAGUGUAAUGCACCAACUUAUAACAAUCUAAUAGAUUUGAAUAUAUAUUUUUUGAUAGAACCUCUUCAUGUCUGCUGAUAUAUAUCGGCGAUGUCAAGUGACGAAUAUUUCGUGUACUAUUAGAUAUUUUCACGUUGUAUUGUAUCUGUCUGUUGUAGUUAUUUUUGUAUGUUAAUAAUGUUACAAGUUGUGUCUCGUCUUAACUGAAAAAUACUCAACAGUUUAUUUGAGUGAUUGUUAUUUUAUAAUAUUGUUAAUGAAUAAUUGAUAAAGUCAUUUAUUCAAAAUAAAAAGAAUAACAAAAG